UCGGUGCGGAGGGAAGAGUAUCUGUGGCGGGGGCCUGGGUAACCUGGUGCUUCCUCGGUUUCCGCGGUCCCGGUGACCGGCGCCGCGACCCCAGUGCAGCAUCUCUGGUUCCUGAUGUGUGAAGAUAGGCCGGAUAACCGAGGGAGCUGCUAAGAAGGCUGUGCUGGGGAUGUCUAGGAAAACUGAAUACUGAGACAGGCUCACAAGGCUUUGGUUUGCUAAGAAGAAAGCCGACGCGAUGGAUCAGAACAACAGCCUGCCCCCAUAUGCUCAGGGCCUGGCCUCUCCGCAGAGUGCCAUGACUCCUGGGAUCCCCAUCUUUAGUCCCAUGAUGCCAUAUGGCACAGGAUUGACGCCACAACCGAUUCAGAACACCAACAGUCUGUCUAUCCUGGAGGAGCAGCAGAGGCAGCAGCAGCAGCAGCAACAGCAGCAGCAGCAGCAGCAGGCUGCAGCCGCUGUGGUUCAACAGUCAACGUCCCAGCAGGCAGCACAGGGGGCCUCAGGCCAGACCCCACAGCUCUUCCAUUCACAGACUCUUACAACUGCACCUUUGCCAAGCACCACUCCCCUCUACCCCUCCCCCAUGACCCCCAUGACCCCUAUUACUCCUGCAACACCAGCCUCGGAGAGCUCUGGGAUUGUACCGCAGCUACAAAAUAUCGUAUCUACAGUGAAUCUUGGUUGUAAACUUGACCUAAAGACCAUUGCACUUCGUGCCCGAAAUGCUGAAUAUAAUCCCAAGCGGUUUGCUGCUGUCAUCAUGAGAAUAAGAGAGCCACGAACCACAGCACUGAUUUUCAGUUCUGGGAAAAUGGUGUGCACAGGAGCUAAGAGUGAAGAACAGUCUAGACUAGCAGCAAGAAAAUAUGCCAGAGUUGUACAGAAACUGGGGUUUCCAGCUAAAUUCUUGGACUUCAAGAUUCAGAACAUGGUGGGUAGCUGUGAUGUGAAGUUCCCCAUACGGCUGGAAGGCCUGGUGCUCACUCACCAGCAGUUCAGCAGUUAUGAGCCAGAGUUGUUUCCUGGUUUAAUCUACAGAAUGAUCAAACCCAGAAUCGUUCUCCUGAUUUUUGUUUCUGGGAAAGUUGUAUUAACAGGUGCUAAAGUCAGAGCAGAAAUCUACGAAGCAUUUGAAAACAUCUACCCUAUUCUGAAAGGGUUCCGGAAGACAACGUAAUGGCUCUCUGACCUCUGCCUCCCCCGCCCACAUGUUCUUAACAGAUGAGUUUGGUACCUUUCAAUGGUGGUGGUGUGAGAAGAUGGCGCCAGGUGCAGGUUGUGGCAGGGGCGGUGCUUCUCCGGGCACACCUGCCAUGGUGCACUGAGGAAGAGGCACUUUGUGCACUGAACACCACGCAGCAUUACUGUGAGUUGCUUGUACUGUGCUGCUACUUGGGCGGUGCCGCCCGUUUAUUUAUAUUUAAACACUGCUGUUGACAAGUUGGUUUAAGGGACAGAACUUUUUAAGUGUUAAAGCCACCUGUACAAUUGAUUGGACUUUUUAUUUUGUUAAUUUCUCCCCCAUAAACUGCAGUUUUUAUAUUUCUACCAGGAAAGCAAAAAAAAAAAAAUCUUUUUAAAAAGUGUUGUUUUUCUAAUUUGUAACUCCUAGGGGUUAUUUUUGUGCCAGACACAUUCCGCCUUUCCAGUAUUUCAGAACAGAAUGGAUAGAUGUAUUAAUAAAAACAAACAGCUGUACAUAUCUUUCUUCAGAGUACUCUGUACAAUAAAUGCAGUUUAUAAAAGUGUUAGAUUGUUGUUAUGAACAGCACCUUGUAAAAUUCAUGUUAUAUUCUUUUUAAAAAGUUGUAUUUUAGAUACAAUGCCUGGAACUAU